AUGCCGCUCGGCAGCAAAGGCCCGCACCGCCGCGUAGCGGGGGAUGCUGCGCCGCAGUCGUCCGCGUCUAUCAACCCAAAGACGCCAUCGAACACAGUGCUGGCGUUCGCGCUGCGGGAGGAGGAGAACCACAUCGACGAUGCUGCGCUCGUCACCGCGAUGGACGACGAAAACGCCGACCCGCUGCUGCACCCGGCCCAGACCCGCGCGCUCUCCCACAUUGAGCAACGCGAGGAGGACCGCCUGCGCGGUGACCCGUGGCGCUUCGCGGUGGCACCGAUUUUCUGCCUGCUUUCCAUCUCGAACGCCAUGCAGUGGAUUGCCUUCUCGCCCAUUGUGGAUGAGGUGCGCACGUACUUUAACAUGAGGGCGACACAGGUGAACUUCCUGGCCACUACCUACGUGAUUGCCUACGUCGCCAUCGUGUUUCUCAGCUGCAAGCUGUACGAGGUGACUGGCAUCAAGAUAGGCGUCCUGAUCGCCGCCACGGCAAACGCGCUCGGGGCGCUCCUGAAGAUCAUCGCCCUCUACGCGUGGCCCAACGCGGCCCUGCUGUAUCUCGCGCAGGUCUCUAACAGCUUCACGGAGGUGCUCACGAUCGCGACGCCUCCGCUCAUCUCGAACCGCUGGUUCCCGGAGAAUGAGCGCAUGGUGGCGAACACCGUCAUGUCCUCGGCGCUCAACUUUGGAUGCGGCAUUGGCGUCCUCAUCCCGACCUUCUUCGUGGGCCCAGACAAGCAGUCGAAGAGGCACUUCGGCAACUUCUUCUGGUUUCACUUUGUCUACGCGGCGCUGGUGCUCGCUCUCGUCGUCUUUCUCUUUCCACGGAAGCCGCGCUACGCUGCCAGCCACGUUGCGGCGCGGCAGCAGAACCGCGAGGAGCGCCGCCUGCGCGCGCUCGAUCACGUGUUGCACCACCGCCACAGCGACGAGGAUGAAGAGGAGUCCGACAGCCAGCCGCAUCCGCAUGCUGGGCAGAAGACGGGCGUCGCCAAGAGCAAGAGCGAGCCUCUCGCGACCGGCGUGACGGCUGCCUGCAAGGAGGGCAGCGGCGACUUGGCAGCGGCAGCGGCGGGGGCGGCGGGCAGCCAGUGCGCCAGCAGAAACGGUGCCGCCGUGGAGCACGUCAUCGACGAGAUCCAGGACGCAGAGUCGGAGAGUGCGAAGGAAGAGCCGGAGGUGCAGCCGGUGAAUGUCUUCUCCGUGCUGAUGGACUGCUUCCGCGAGUUCCGCAGCAACUGGUCCUUUAUUCUCCUUUCCAUCAGCUCUGCCGCGGAGCUGGGUCUCAUCUGGGGUGUGGCGACGGUGCUGCCGCAGAUGCUGGCCCCGUACGGCAUCAGCGAGGCCAUGGCCGGCUGGAUCGGCUUCCUCAACCUCGUGCUUGGCACCGUCGUCUGCCCCUUCUUUAUGCCGCUCGUCGACCGCUAUGGCCGCCGCUACAAGCUGCUGCUGUGUGUCCUGUCAGUGGUGGUGGUGGUGGUGAUGCUGCUGCUCACCCUGCUGCUGCACUUCGGCCCCGCCGUGCACGAAGAUAGCAAGUACUACGUCACGGCUGUCUUUGUGCUCUGGGGCGGUGUCGCAGGUAUCUGCCAGAACUUCAUGAUGCCGCUCAUGUUCGAGUACGUUGUGGAGCUGACCUUCCCCAUGGCGGAGAGCACGUCCGCGCCGGUUUUGACGUGGACCGCUUGCCUGACGAACUUUCUGCUCACUCUCAUCUUUGGUGAAGUGCUGACCGACACGCCCACGGAAAACAGGGCGCUGCGCACCUUCAUCGGCGCCACCGUCGUCUCGUCCAUUGGGUGCGUGGCCCUCCUCCUGACGAAGCCGUUGACGAAACGCACGGACUACGAGAAACGUCAGGUCGAGGCCCUCGAGCAGCGCAAGAUGCGCCUGCAGUCCGCGGCAGCGGUAGCGGUAGCAGCGGGCAUGGACGGCGCAGCAGGUGGGGCAGGUCAGCAGCGCAGCUGCCAGUGA